UGAGGCUGCCCCUCGGGCUGGGGUGUCUCGCGGACCCCGCUUCGGGGCGGCCUAGGCGCGUCCCCGGUACGCCCGGGGUGGGGCGGACAUUCUGUGCGGCCAGCGGGCCUCGAAGGGCCCUGGGAACCCUCCCCCAGUUAACCCCCAUGCCUGGUUCCCGGAGCUCUCAAGCCCGCGGGACGGAAGGGCCUACCCAUUCACCAUUUAGAGGAGUUGGGCGCAUUUCGCCGGACUCCGGGGAGGCCUUCGAGCCGCAGACGCCCAAAUCGCCCCGGAAUGUUCCGCGCUUCUCGUGGAAUUCUCCAGUAUCUUUCGCUUCCAGUCUCGAGGAGAUGGAAUAGCGUUGUCCAUACAUAUUCAGCUGGCAGGAUAAUCAAAUUUUAGCACCGAGUCCAGGUGCAAGUUUGGGUCCCUUUUUGUCACUUGUUUGGGAAAAAAAAAAAACACAUAGCAAAACCAAACCAGCCUCCCGGAGCCGGUCGGGGCGCUUUAGAAAGCACUGCUUUUUCCUGCUGCGCCAGGACCCUGGGCAAUCACCUCGCUCUGCGUUCCGUCAUCCUGCUCUGGCUGAUCCACCGCUAACUGUGGAGUCUGUAAGGCAUCCCGUAGGGGUGGUGACGUUCUAUUCCUCACCAAGAAGAGGAAUUGCCCAAACAGGUCUUGAAUACAGAGCUAAAGCUUGCUUCCCAGAACACUUUGAAAGAUUUGGGGGAGCAGAGACCUGGGCUUGGGCGAAAUGGCCCUGGUCCCCUAUGAGGAGGCCGCGGGAAUAGGGUUACAGAAAUUCCACAAGCCUCUUGCCACCUUCUCCUUUGCAAACCACACGAUCCAGAUUCGGCAGGACUGGAGGCAGCUGGGAGUCGCAGCAGUGGUUUGGGACGCAGCUGUCGUUCUUUCCAUGUACCUGGAGACUGGCGCUGUGGAGCUCAGGGGCUGCUCUGCUGUGGAGCUGGGCGCUGGCACAGGGCUGGUGGGCAUCGUGGCAGCUCUGCUGGGUGCUCGUGUGACGAUCACAGAUCGAAAAGUAGCAUUAGAAUUUCUUAAAUCAAACGUUCAAGCCAACUUACCUCCUCAUAUCCAACCCAACGCUGUUGUUAAGGAGCUGACUUGGGGACAAAAUUUGGGGAGUUUUUUACCUGGAGAAUUUGACCUGAUACUUGGAGCUGAUAUCAUAUAUUUAGAAGAAACAUUCACAGAUCUUCUUCAAACUCUGGAACAUCUCUGCAGCGACCACUCUGUGAUUCUUUUAGCUUGUCGAAUUCGUUAUGAACGGGAUAACAACUUCUUAGCAAUGCUGGAGAGGCAGUUUACUCCUAUCAAUUCAGAAAAAUGUGUUCCUACUGCAAGCAGUAUGUCCAUAUAUGGACAAUAUAUUAUCCACUGCAUCACUCUACCACUGGAGAAAUUCUUUGGAUAUGGGUUAAAAAUGGCCCAACAUCCAAAAGGAUCUACAGAUUCAAUGAAAUACCUAUCAAAAUUCCAGCAGUCUUUUGUAUAGAAAUGGAAAAGCUGAUCCACAAAUUCAUAUGGAAUCACAAGGGACCCAGAAUAGCCAAAGCAAAUC